CGUAAUAUCACGUUCCUAAUUUUAAAAAAUAAUCUAAUUAAGAGCGCUUUAAAAACCCCAAUGUUAUACCAACAAUCUCCAAAACUCGAAGAAAAAACAAUAAUUAUAGAAGAACCCCAAAACAAUUUAGUUUUUGAAAGUGAAGAUGAUGUUGUUGGAAAUGGAGGAGAAAAAUGGAAAACGAUUUGUAAAAUACCUUUACCUCUAGCUUUUGUUAGUAGGUAUUUGUGGGCAACUGAUAAGCUUAGAAGUAAUGCAUUCGAAGUCCGUUCAGUAGAUAGUCGUUCUUCAGGCAUUAUCCACUGUGAAGAUCGCAAAGCUCUUGAACAAUGGGUCCAACAUAUCGACUCUCACAUAAAUGCUUUAAAUCGGAAAACUAUUAGAAUGAGUAAUAAAUAUUUACAUGCAUCUGAUAGAGUAAUUUAG